AUGAUAAUGGCGGACUUGAUGUACAUAGGUUCUCACAUCUCUGUAUGUACAAAUACCCGUCAAACUCAAACUUAUUGCUGUUUAAGAAAACGCGAUCUUAAACCCCAUUUACCUUCCGUCAGUUUCUUCAGUUUUGGAUUCGAAGUGAAAAUUGUGAAUAAGAAGUCUUUACGAGUAAAAUAUUCCGAGCUUGAGUCGGUUUGUGAGGCGCAGAGUGUGCCGGUACAAGAAGGGAGGGAAGGUGUUUGUGAAAAUUACUCACAGAGCACACUUCCUCCUUGGGGUGACUUGUCCGAUCAAAAUUCGGAGUAUGAACAUCAUUCGGAUUUUCGUUCAGAAAAAUCCGUAAAUCCCGUCCACACGUUUGAGGACGAGAUGUACUAUUUGGAGGAAAGAGAUGAAGAGAUACUGUCGAACAGGGUUUUAAAACUCAGCAGGUCGAAUAAAAUUCGAAGCGCUUUGGCAUUGUACCGGUCGAUGCUGUUUUCUGAUUUACUACCUAAUUCGCACGCUUGUAAUUCACUUGUGUACUGUUUGCUUCGAAAUGAAAGAUUAGAUGAUGCCCUGAACGUGUUCGAUUUUAUGAAGUCGAGAGAUAUUGCCACUGGCCACACUUACAGCUUGAUCUUGAAAGCAGUUGCCCGGUUUCGCGAUAGUGAUGCAGCGCUAAGGAUUUUUGAGGAAGCCGAGCAGAACAAGAAAGCAAUGAAAUGUCUCGAUACGGUUGUUUACAACACGUUGAUAUCAAUAUUCGGGAAAGCUGACGAGUGGGCCCGGGUCGAGAGAAUAUGGAGAAGUUUGCAAGAAAAUGGGCCGAAAGGAACAGCUGUCACCUACCGUAUAUUGAUCUGUACAUUCGUCCGGUGUGGUCAGAACGAGCUAGCUCUCGAUGCAUAUCACGAGAUGAUAAAAAACGGGCUGGGGCCGCAUGAGGACGCCAUGCAAGCUAUUAUUGGGGCGUGCGCUCGAGAAGGCAAAUGGGAUUUGGCACUGAACGUUUUUCGAAACAUGAUGGAUAGUAAACUUAAGCCAAGCCUUAUAACCUGUAAUGCCUUGCUCAACUCGCUCGGGAAAGCAUCUCAAGUCAAGCUCGCAUUCGAGAUAUAUAAUCUUAUGAAAUCUUUAGGAUAUUUGCCAGACGCGUACACUUGGAACUCGUUGAUUGGUGCGUUGAAUAGGGCCGAAAGAUACGCCGAUGCCCUUCGGCUUUUCAGGCUGGGACUGUGGGAAAUGGCCGUGGAGAUAAUAUGGGAGAUGGAAGUUUCGGGUUCACCUGUUUCUGUCGUGUCAUAUAAUCUUGUUAUUGGAGCUUGUGAGGUUGCGAGAAAGCCAAAGGUUGCUCUGCAGGUUUAUGAGCAAAUGGCUCGGCAAAAGCUUUCUCCGGACGUUUUCACUCGGCUGUCGUUGGUAAGAAGUUGUGUGUGGGGUUCGCUUUGGAAUAAGGUUGAGGAAAUCCUAAAGGCUGAACCAAAUGGAUCAUUAUAUAAUGCUGCUAUUCAGGGUAUGUGCUUGAAGGGAAGGGCUGAUCUGGCUAGAGAACUGUACAAGAAAAUGCACGAGAUGGGCCUCAAGCCCGAAGGCAAAACUCGGGCUUUAAUGCUGCAAAACUUACAGAAGGGUUGA